AUGGAGCAGGGGCUGUUGGCCAUCACCUUCUACUGCGCGCCUGCUGCUGACCCCACAGCUGCCACCUGCACCAUGGAGCCUGAGCAGCAGCUUGCAAAUGGGGAGAGAGGGUCUGAGAAUGAGGAGCUGGGUGUCAUAGGAAAGAAGAAGAAAAUUUCAAGGAGGGUUAUUCAUUUUGGAAGUGGAGAAACAAAGGAAGAAUAUAGCAUGGAUGAAGAAGAAGAUGAACAAGACCUGUUGCCAUCUGCAUAUCCUACAACACUCUCACGAGGACCCUACUUGUGGUUUCACAUGUUGCAAGUUACCACAUCAACUGUAUGAGUUUGUGAUUUCCUUGGGGAAAAGAUUGGAUCAGUUCGGGGAAUAAGCACACUAAAAUACCAAUAUGCCGUUGAUGAGUAUUACAGAAUGAAGAGAGAGGAGGAACAGGAAAAGAAAAUGUCAGAAGAAGCAGAAAGACAGCAUCAGGAACAGCAGAACAAGCCACAAGCAGAAGCUCCUGUCCAGACAGACCAGCCUGAAGCAACAGCAUGUUUAAGAAAGUGUAAAAACCACUGUGCAGCAGCUGUGAGAGCUGUCUACCCCUGUCCUUCCGAGGAGGGUGAAGGAGAGUUUGUGGACACCUGGCAGCUAGCCAAGGUUAACCUAUCCACAAUAGUUUGUGCUGCAGGCAUAUUGAUUUACUUAUUGUAG